GUCCUCUGUCCGGGAUCUUGCGUGUGGGUGUGUGUGACAGAGGAAUUCCAGUAAGAUGGCUGCGAAAAGGAGAGAGUGUUUGUGAAAUCAGAUUUUGAAUUUUAAAUUUAGGUCUAAAGGAAUAUUCUAUGUGACAAGCCAAAGGACAAGUAGUCAAUUUAGUAGUCAACAAGAACCUAUUUUCUCGCUGCCUUCCCUCGCGCUACUGCUGAUCUGCUGACAGCGGAGUUCACUGGACCUCUAUCGUUUGCAAGGUGGCACUGCUAGCAAGGAAGCUAGGCUAACCAGCUAACGAAAUCACUGCUUCUCAGCAACAGGGGAUAGCUACUUAUUUUCAAAUCUAUCAACCAGGUAGGAGUUGACGUCCAGAGAAAAGGCCCGUCGGGGUUAAGCUGCUCCCUGAGCCAGAGAACGCUCUGAGCAGCUGGGGACAUGCCCCGCAGCUUGGCGUCUGUGUGGACCACAGCCAACAUGGAGGCUUAGCCGCCAACCUGGGCCUGUGUUCAGAGCAGUGGGUUCCCCUGCGUGGGUAUGGAGUGGUGCCGUCUGCAGACUGGAUGACAGGCUCUUCAGGGCGAGCUGACAGGAGCUCCUCGUGGACAUCGCCUGUCCUGUAACCCCGCCCCCGUCGGUCCCCUCGUGACGCUGACUCUGGAAGACGGCUCCUCCUCCCUUGCCUCUGUACUGCCCAGCCCAACUCAGCACUAUCUUCCCCUCCUACCUUUUUCUUUUCACCGACUGCUCCCCCCCCAGCCCUCUUAUCUGGACUCUCUCUUGGUUGCUACCCCCCUCCCUCCCUCCCCUCCCCUCUCUUCCCUCUGCUCUCCUUCCUUUCCCUCCCCUCUUUUUCUCAUCCUCCUUUUUCUCUCUCCUCCCUUCUCUCUGAACCCACCUGUCUGUGAACCUUCCCAUCUUCCUCCUCAUCCUCUCUCAUGAUUUGAUCUGAAACCCAUCUCUGACCUUCCGCAUCGGCCAAUCAGAAUGAGCUGGCUGAGUCGCAUGACCCCCCGGGUCACUGGUAGCCGGUCCAGGACCACACCCCCUUCCGGCCCCUGCACCGCCGACCCCGAGACCUGCCUCAUGGUGUUUGAGAACCACUGGAGACAGUUGUCAUGGGUACUGGAGCAACGUGACCCGUCCGGCUCCAGCGACGACCUCACCACCGUCCGUAACCACACCGACCAGAUGCUGUGCCUGCUGGCCGAGGAGCGCCCGGGCGAGACGGAGGGCGUGGCCCCCGUCGGCACCCACGCGCCCGCCCUCUCGCCCGCCCCGGGCCCCAUCCUGCGGCUGGUGGCGAGGGAGAGCAUCCUGGAGCGCCUGGUGACGUGGCACCUGCGUCGCGGCCUGGACCCCGACAGCCAGGGGGCGCUGCUCAAGCUGUUUGAGAUGCUUAUCGGCCAGUCCCAGCAGCCGCUCCUCACGCACGCAGCCGUCCUCCAGCCCCUACUGGGGCUCCUGGGGGCCUGCUCAGACCCCCAGCAGGGCUGCCCCGCCGCCCUGGAGAACAGCCUGGUGCUGCUGCUCAACCAGGUGUGCGUGAGCAUGGCCCGGCUGCCCGCCGUGCUAGAGCUGCUGUUCAGGGCCUCGGCUGCCCAGCAGGGCCCCACCAACCUGCUGAUCUUCUCCCUCCUGGUGCCCUUCAUCCACCGGGACGGAGCCAUUGGACAGCAGGCCCGCGACGCGCUGCUGCUCGUCAUGGCGACCUCGGCCAGCAACCAGUCGGUGGCGCGCUACAUCGCCGAGAACUCCUACUUCUGCCCGGUGCUGGCCACGGGCCUCAGUGCCCUGUACUCGUCCCUCCCCAGGAAGAUGGAGGUGCGUGGUGAUGACUGGCACGCCCUGAGGAGGGAGGACUGGAUGGGCGUGUCGUCGCUGGUGCUCUUCAUGAACUCCCUGGAGUUCUGCAACGCCGUCAUCCAGGUGGCCCACCCGCUAGUCCGCAGCCAGCUGGUCGACUACGUCCACAACGGCUUCCUAGUUCCUGUCAUGGGCCCCGCCCUCCACAAGUCGUCGGUGGAUGAGAUGAUCGCCUCCACGGCGUACCUUGACCUGUUCCUGCGCAGCGUGACAGAGACUGCCCUCCUCAAAACCUUCCUGCGCUUCAUCCUCCUGCAUCGCCACGACAACGACACCAUCCUGGACACGCUGCUCACACGCAUCGGCAGCAACUCCAGGCUCUGCAUGGUGUCUCUCAGCCUGUUCAAGACUCUGCUCUCCCUCAACUGCGAAGACUUCAUGCUGCAGCUUGUUCUCAGGUAUCUGCUGCCCUGCACCCACGUCAUGUUGAGUCAGAGGCGAGCCGUCAGGGAGACAGAUUUAUACGGCAAGUCGGCAGACAAGUUCCUCUCCCUCAUCCCCGAGUGCUGCCGUCUGGGAACACUGCCCCCUGCUGACCGUGAGGAGGAGCCUGCCUUCUGGGGGAAAGUCCUGGGCAGCCCAGCCUCCGAGCCCCCCCCCCAGCCCAGACCCAGCACUCCGUCCCGUCUGGCCCUCUUCAUGCGCCAGCAGAGCUCCGGAGGGGCCCCCUCCUCCCCCUCCCCGGAGCCCGUCCCCUCCUCCCCCCGAGGGGGCCCCCCGGGCACCCCCCUAUCCCCCGACAGCCCCCUGCACCAGGGCGGGGUCCCUGAGUGUCUGGACUGGGAGCAGGGCUACCUGGACUACCUCAGGGACGCUCGGAGCCACAUCGAGCUCUGCUCCUGGGCCUGCCGCGCCUGGUCGGCCCCCUACGACGGCGAGCACCCCUCCCCCGCCUCCGUCCCGUCCGUCCCACCCCCGCCCACCUCCAACCCCGCCCUGCCCGUGUUCCCCGAGCACUUCUCCUUCCAGCAGGGGGGCGGGGGGGCGCGGUCUCCCGCGGCGGAGCGCAGGGCGGCGGUGGUGGCGGCGGCCAGGUCGGAGUGGGGCAGCUCGGAGAGGGACAGCGGCGAGUGGGACGUGACCAUCGGGAAGAACAACUGCAUCAGCCUCACGCCGCGCUCCAAGAAACGCUCCCUGCAGAGGGAGGAGCUACCCAGGCCCCUCCUACUCCCGCCCGCCUCGACCACGCCCUCCUCCGCCUCUGUCCCGCCCACGGCUGCUCCUCUCCCCCCCACCGCCAGCGUCGCUCGCCCGGCCGUGUACAACGGCACGGCGGCGCAGGGGGACGGGCGCGGCGACGGCCAGGAUGGAGGGAUGGAGGUGAAGAAGGUGAAGAGAGACUCGGACAGCCGUCUCUCCUCUGGGGACUCGGGUCAGAACGGGGCGGUCGGCCUGGCCCGGCCGCGCGGCUCGUCUGCGUCUGGGAGCGACAGGUCCAUACCCGACCCUCAGAAGCAGCCCCUGACCUCCCACACGGCCCCCACGCCCCAGCCCUCAGCCCCCACUCCCCAGCCCUCAGCCCCGGACGCCUUCUCCACCGACAGCCCCGCCGCACCCUUCCCUCCGUCAAGUCUUCCAGAGCUAGGCCUCAGCAACCAGGGGCUGGAGUCUGUGGAGAGCCUGAUCGAGGAGCUCCUGGAGCAGGCACCCGACGACCCGCGGCCCCUUGGGGACUCCAACGGCCAGGGCAUCAGCAUCGAGGCCUUCACCCAGGAGCUGAGCGAGCUGGAGGACAGGGUGAGGGAGAGGAGGGGGGCCGGACUGGAGGAGAGCCCCAGGGACCCCAUCUCAGCCCUGGGUAGACCGGACGAGGAGCCCCCACCCCCCUCGCCACUGGAUGGAGACUUGAGCGGGGCCGAGGCCAGGGCUGAGAGAUCGGCGGUGGGGGUGUUCAGCCCUGCCAGGCCCCUGGGACAGGCGGCCUCCCAGCCCUACACAGGUCCGUUCAUGGGGGUUCUGUUUGCCAAGCUGGAGAACAUGCUGCAGAACUCUCUGUACGUGAACAUCCUGCUGACAGGGAUCCUCUCCCAGCUGGCCUGCUACCCCCAGCCCCUGCUCCGAUCCUUUCUGCUCAACACCAACAUGGUCUUCCAGCCCAGCGUCAAGUCCCUCAUACAGGUCCUGGGGUCGGUGAAGAACCGCAUCGAGGCGUUCGCUGCGUCCCAUGACGACUUUCCCUCCAUGCUGAGAAAGGCCCAGCGCUACCUGGCCGCCCGGGGGAAGCUGGACUGGGCCGACUCCCCCGCCGGCGUGCCCCCCCUCAGACGCUCCGACUCCCUGGUGAAGAGCCGCAAGCCGUCGCUAGGCGACCUCAUCCUCCGCCACACCAACAGCCCCACGCGAGCGCGCCACGCCGCACAACUGGCCCUGGCUCACGUGCGCGACGGCGGCCAAUCGCUGCACAGCGCCCUGUUCCGGGGCGGGGCCACGGGGCUGGAGAAGCAGGCGGAGGCUCUGCGGGUGAAGAACGCCGUGUACUGCGCCGUCAUCUUCUCCGAGUUCCUGAAGGAGCUGGCGGCGCUGGCCCUGGAGCACGCUGUCACCGUGCCCUUUCCCCGCUGCCAGGAGGCCGAGGAGUAGACUGGAGGACUCACCGCCUCCCUCCACCAGGGGGCGCCCUGGGACACGCAGUGAGACGUCGGUUUGUUGAAGACAAACAAGGAAACUUCUUGUUUAGAGAGGAAAGGGACUGAGGUUUUUUUUUUUUUUUAUAACGAAAAAUAUAUCUGCUUUACUGUAAGGAGAGCAGAGACUCCUCUGUUGAUAUAAUACUGUGCAUUACCUGUAUAAAAUAUUUAUGUGUAUGAACAUACACACCUUGAAUCUCAGUAGGUGCUCCAGGUGUGGGCAUAAUGCAUAUACAUACCAUAGAGUGGUGGCCAGCAAAGGCCACAGUAAGAAAAGCAAGUCCAGUAGAUUCACAUAGGUGCUAGUCAGCACUCCUGUCCCUAGUCAUCUCUACUGUAUGAGAUGUUUCCAUUCAGGCUCUGUAGGGGAAAUGGUUCGGAAAUUUCCGUCCUUUAUCAUUUGCAAAGAAAUCGGACAAAGAAGACCAAAAAAAUUAAUAUUUUUUUGUGUAGAGCAUAUAAAAACUAAAUGAGGUACAUUUUUGGAAGAAAAUGUUUGCUGAAACUUUUUGGGGCUGAACGAGAGCACUGAAAUGUAGUCCUUAACUCUUCCCACAACCGGCCAAUCAGCUCUGACCGUGUCUUCAGAACACGCCCAUCCUGGUGUCACCACCUCAGCUGAGAGGCCGAUUGGUUGAGUGGGAACAACAGGAAGAAGAACCAGCCAAUGAACAAUGAACUCUGGGCCUCUCAACGAUUCGUUUUUGUUAUAAUUGGUUUGGGAAUGCAUCACCUCACCUCUGGGAAACUGACAUGGGCGACAGGUGAACCUGGAAAAAGGGAAAACUAGCAGAAGGGAGAGAGGCCCUUGUCCCCUUUAUAAGAUUACACAGCACUACUGGAGCACACUUUCGGGGAAGUUUAUUAUGAUUCAUACAACCGUUCUCCAUGUCAUUUUAGGUGUUGGUUUACUUUUAAUUAUUAUUUUUUUUUAUCCUUUUUUAAAAUAUGUACAUCAAAAAAAUAUUCAACAUAUCAAUUGCCAUGUGGGAGCAGUGUUUCUCAAUUUGUGUGUGUGUGUGUGUGU